GUUCAUUAACUUCCUUGCGUUUAAGAUCUCAGCUUUUAAACUUGGUGAGCUUAGAUGUUUUACACUCGACUCGAGAGAAGAGAACAGAACCAGUGGCAUGGUGAGAUAGGUUUUCCAACAUCAAAGAUCAAAGUUUAAUCUCAGGAUUCAAAUACAGAUUUUAAUUUUGUGGUGUCGGUAAGUUCCUGUUCAAAGCAAACAAGUUUAUUCACCGACAGAUUUAGUAAGUUUCUGCCAAAGAUUAAUGCUACAAAGCUUAUUCUAAGGAUUCAAAUUGUGAUUUUGAUUGUGGUCCAGCAACUCUGGUAAAACUUACUAUCAUAAAAAAACUCACUGAACAAGCAAAGGAGAAAAGGAAGAAAACCCCCACUUCACUAAACAGGGGGCUUUACGUAAUCAGUUUCAAUGGGGUCUUUACAACCUGCACGGCUUUUCCUAUAACAUUCUUCUUUUAACUCUUGCUGACCCUGAUACAGUUAUGAUGCUCAAGGCCGAUUGCCUAAAUAAUCAUAGAGCAAGUUCCUUCAAGUGUAUUAGAGGCUUAUGUUUCUGUCUUCUCUAUUUCUGCCUACACAGUACUGUUUCCGUUGAAGUGUUGCUGUCAUUUUGUAUCUAUUCGGUAAAGGAUCUUUUCCUCGGUAAAGGUGAUAAAGUUUGUUACAUGUACUGGAAAAGUAGUUAAACCUACCAAAUGUCAUCACAAAUGUCAAAUGACGAGGAGAAUCCCAAAGCUGGUGAAGCACGGAAAAGCAAAGAAACCUCUUUGCCAUGCUUGGAAACCCAAGCAACCUUGUAUGAGCGCUUGCUUCAGCAGGCAUCUAUAUAUGGUAUAGCUGCUGGAUACUGCCUUUCAGCAUCCCUCCUUUCAAUCAUCAACAAAUGGGCUGUGAUGAAGUUUCCGUACCCUGGGGCAUUGACUGCCUUACAGUACUUCACAAGUGCUGCUGGUGUCCUACUCUUUGGGCAGCUCAAGUUUCUGGAGCAUGACCGGCUUGACCUUUGGACAAUGUGGAGAUUUCUUCCUGCAGCCUUCAUAUUCUAUCUCUCCCUCUUCACAAAUAGUGAGCUUCUCCUCCAUGCCAAUGUUGAUACCUUCAUUGUUUUCAGAUCGGCUGUUCCCAUCUUUGUUGCGAUAGGUGAAACCCUCUACUUGCAUCAACCAUGGCCCUCAAUGAAGACGUGGAUGUCACUUGGUACCAUAUUUGGUGGAAGUGUUCUGUAUGUUCUUACAGAUUACCAAUUUACAUUAACGGCAUACAGCUGGGCCCUUGCUUAUCUCAUCAGUAUGUCUAUAGACUUUGUAUACAUCAAGCACGUUGUCAUGACCAUUGGGCUCAACACAUGGGGUCUUGUACUCUACAACAAUCUCGAAGCCUUCCUCUUGUUCCCGUUUGAGCUGUUUAUAAUGGGGGAACUGAAAAAGAUAAAGCAUGAAAUUACAGAUGAGUCAGAUUGGUAUUCGUUUGCUGUUAUACUUCCAGUAGGUUUAUCAUGUUUGUUCGGUUUGGCCAUUUCUUUCUUUGGGUUUUCUUGUCGGAGGGCAAUAUCCGCAACAGGGUUCACCGUGUUAGGAAUAGUGAACAAACUUUUAACAGUUGUGAUUAAUCUGCUCAUAUGGGAUAAGCAUUCAACGUUGGUCGGUACACUGGGGCUUCUAAUAUGUAUGGGAGGUGGAGUUCUUUACCAGCAAUCUACCAGUAAGAAGCCAAACGAUGUAAAAGAACAGACUAAAUCACAAGGAAGUGAAGAAGAACAAGAAAAGCUUAUUGAAUUGCAGAAGAAUGUAAAUGAAACCAAUACUGUUGAAAAGGAGGUUGUCGGAUCAAGAAGUUAGACAAGAGGGGUGGUAAGUGGUAACUAUUCUUUUCUAUUCUUUUAAAAUUUUGGUUUUUGAUUGAAUUCCCUAAAUUGCAAUGUCAAAUGAAUGUCAAAAUCUUCUUGAUGUGUUUAAUUGUAUGUGUUUAGUUGGUACA